AUCAAGUUCUGACCUCCACCCUCAAAUGACGUCAGAAAUCACAACAACUGAUCGGACCAAUAGUGUGCUGCAUGCGUACUUCUGGGGGUCUGGGUAACUGAACGGAUACACCAACAAGUCCCAGAGAGGAGUCAGAGUGAGUUGUACUUUUUCCAGCUUUGUUAUUUGAACAAUAUGCAGUGUGAGAUCGCUUUUUGGGAUGUUUUGAUGUAAUUUUUAAAGCGUAGAUUUAUUGCUGGAUUACUGCAGUCAAGAGCAGCGAAGAAAGAGUCGACGCGCAUCAAGAUGUUGCUGCACGUUUUGCUUUCGCGGCAGUGAGCAAAUGGGAUUCAUUCCAACCAUAUGGAGUUUUGUCCAUAGAUAAAUUUCGAUGCAUGUUUCUGUGGAAAGUGAAGGAACAAAUAUGAACACACUUAACUAAAGUGGUCAACAAAACGCUGCUAGACGACGGCGGGCAUGGAACAAGGGGAGUUGUUUGUUUCAAUCUCUGGUAAGAACAGAGAAACAUUAUGGAUGAUGGACCAACAAAUAGAAACCCUUGACCCAAUAAGUUAAUUUUUAAGCAGUUGCAUGUGGGCACAUCAAGGAAUGGCACGGCCUGACAACCCUGCAGUCACUCUACGGCUGCAGAUAUUGAUUUUGUCCAUCGGCUGUGCAUUGAUAUGUUUUAGUCGUUUAUGCACCGCAUCACCGGCACACAUCCAGCGUUUGAUAUGCUGGCAGGCUAUCAUGAAGUGCCAAGGAGAACCGGAGUGUCACUACGCGUAUACUCAGUAUUUACACGCGUGUGGUCCGGUAAUAAACGGCAAUAGGAAGAAAUGCCCUAGCCACUGCAUUUCUUCCAUCAUUCAGCUUAACCUGACUGUGAACGGCCCGGCACUGGAGGACUGCGAGUGCGCCUCGGACACUUUAUGUAAGAUGACCAAGCGAGCCAUAGAGCCUUGUAUGCCCAGAACCAGCCACAUGGGCUGCACCGAAGCCCGUAAACAGUGCGAGAAGGAUCUCGAGUGCAGCACCGCCAUGCGGGACUAUCUGUAUCACUGCAGGAAACUGUUCAGUGGAGAGCGCUGUUCGGACGACUGCCGGCGGGUCAUCACGAACAUGCGCUCCAUUCCAAAAGCCCAGCUUUUGGACACUUGCGUGUGCGACGGCACAGAGAGGACCAUAUGCGAAUAUGUCAAAGUCAGCAUGAAAAACUUAUGCUUUAACGACAGAUAUGUCGGUAGUGGCUUUUCAGAUACCGAGGACGACUUGGAGGAAGACUACGAGACGGAUUAUGAGGAAGAAGAGAACGAUGCCUGGGAUUUAAGAGCACAAAAGUGUUCGAUUGUGAUGUCCACCAUUUUGACAUUUCUUGCGUUUGUUAUAUUAAGAUAAAUCAUGUUUUCAGAGCUAAGUGGUUAGCUGCAUAUUUGGCCUGGGUGAAAAUAAUGGGAGUAAUAAAAGUUCUAACCCCCUAAAUUAGGACUUGUAUCCUUGGUGGAAAUGGGGUUCCCCUCGGUUCGAAAGUUACAAGUAGCCUAUUACUUAUCACUUUAUUGUUGGUUUACACACACAAAUAUGACGAGACCAAUUGUGUUUUGUUUAAAUGCUUUUGUGCGGUGGCACCAUGAGACAUUUGUGUUGCACAAGACGAAUCUCAUCGAAAACUGACAAAAAAAAAAAAAAAAAGUAGCUCCUAUGAAAGUGUUCGAAUCAUUCGCACUUUGUAUUUGACCCUAUAUUUGCAUUUCCUUAGGUGCUUAUAUUGUACAGGUAGGCUACACGAGAGAAAUAGACCAACGGUUAAAAGGAAGAAAAUGGUGGAAGAAGAAAACCAGAAUCCCAUAGUUAAAGGUUGUUUCAAAACCUAGUUAAGCUGCCAAAAUCUGCGCACCAUGAAAAGGAGUAAGUUGUUUUUGAUGUCAGGAAAAUAUGUUGGAAAUAUGUGCUUCACUAUAUAUUAAGUUAUUAUGAACUAUUGUGAAAAACUUCUAUUCAAAGAGAUAAAUAGACCUACUAGAAGUUUAUUUUUGUAUGAAAUAUUGGUUAGUGUAAAUUGUAUGUGAACAACAUAAUUAUUGUAAAUGUGUAUGUUUCUGUAUCAUAUAAUUGUGUGAAUAAUGUUGAUAAAGAAUACCAUGUAAUACUGUUUAUAAUGUUCAUAAAGAUUGGCUCCAAAUUAUUACAAAACCA